UCGGUUUCGGUCAAGCAAUACGUGAAGUAGUUCUGGUAUUUGAAAUACAAAAACUCCAUUAGUAUUUUAUUCGUUUGUAAUAAUUAUGUAUAUUAGACAAUUUAUUUAUUUAUUGAUCAAUUGAUUUAUUUGUAUAAAUGCUAGUUGACUGCGAUUAUAUUGUUAUAAUAUAAUUCUGUUGCUCAAUUAGCCAUGGCAUCGACCAACUUUUUAACAGUUAAAACGCAUUUAUCGGAGUUGAAACAUAAUUCUGACAAAGACACGUUAAGCGAAGCUUCCGAAAGUGGAACGAGUAACACAGUGACGUCAGCAGAAGACCUACAGAAAUUAGCCGUGAUACUUGGGCUAAACAGUGCUGAAGAUGUAUACCAGGAAAGAUUCCGUGUUGACCGACGUCGCCUGGAGGCAAUGCUUGCUGAUAACUUGGAUGACUCACAAACAGCUCAAGCAUUCUUCCACCGGGUAAUGACUGAAACAAACACAUUGAUUAAUUGGCCAGCUCGUCUAAAAAUUGGUGCUCGAUCUAAAAAAGACCCACACGUGAGAGUCGCUGGUCGACCUGAUGAUGUGAAGCUGGCUCGAGAGAAAAUAAUUCAGUUAUUGGACACAAGGAAUAACCGGGUUACAAUGAAGAUCGAUGUCAGCUACACUGAUCACUCGCAUAUCAUCGGAAAGGGCGGGUUGACAAUCAAACGCGUGAUGGAGGAGACAGGGUGUCACAUCCACUUCCCUGAUUCCAACCGCACCAGCACCGUAGAGAAGAGCAACCAGGUUUCCAUCGCUGGCGAUAUGGAGCGCGUUGAGAGGGCUAGAGCUCGUGUUAGGUCCCUGACUCCACUGGUGUUUUGCUUCGAGCUGCCGAUAGUGCCGAGCAGUCAGCCGCUGCCAGACAUCAACUCGCCGUAUGUGCAGAAUAUACAGGACCAGUAUAAUGUACAGGUAAUGCUGCGUAACCGUCCGAAGCUGCACGCGAACUUGCUGGUGGUGAAAGGAGUGCAGUGGGAGGUGCAGGCCACCAUGGAAGCUACCAACCUGCUCAUGAACUACAUGUGUGGACCUUUGGCUAAUCAAACCCAAGUGCAGAUGUCCUUAGAAAUAUCGCCCAUGCACCACAGCGUUGUCGUGGGCCGCGGAGCCGAACAGCUCAAGAUCAUCAUGAAAGGCACCAACACCCAGAUAAUGUUCCCAGAUGCCGAAGACCCUAACAUACCAGUCAUCAAGAAGUCCAGUGUGACCAUAACUGGGAAUAUUAAGGAUGUUUACGCGGCUAGGCAGCAGUUAGUGGGCAGCCUCCCCAUUGUCGUGAUAUUCGACGUACCGGACGACGCGAGCCGCAUCGACAACGAUCUAGCCAACAAGCUGAUGCACAAGUAUAACGUGUACAUCAAUGUACGUCGCAAGCCUAAGCAGGGGAUCACUUCCGUCGUUGUUAAGGGCAUCGAGAGGUGUGCUGGUGACAUUUACGAAGCCCGCCGCGAACUUCUAGGCGACAAAGAGCCGGUCAUCACCGCAGAAAUACCCGAAUCCUACAACAUCCCAUCCAUUUCGGCCAACAAUAUGUCCAACUAUGGGGUCUUCAAUCCUUUCUCGCCAACACACGGGGUCAAUAUGGGCAACUCCCCUUGCUCCCCAUUCAAUUUACAGCUGAACGAGUUGGCCAACUUCGCUGGCCUAGGCAGCCCAAUGUUUGGCCAUAACCCGCCAACCCCAGGAGGGUAUCCUACCCCCUUGUCCCCGGUAGCGUUAACCCCACCCUGUGGAGUGUUCCCUAACUCCUGGAUGAUACCUUCUCCUCAGCCGAGGAGUGGCCAGUUUCAUUAUCCUAAUAUGCUCCCGAAUCCUAAUUCGGGUAUGUAUAAGAAUCAGGGUGGGUCGUGGAAUCCGAUGACAAACGGUGCAGAAAUGGGGGUCCCUCAACCGAUGAUGAUGCAGCCACCUUACCAGCAGCAAAUGCCAACUGAUAAUAGACCAAUUACGUUGAACCAGAUUCUGAACUCGAGUACACAAUGCAGCAGCGGCUACCAGAGCAACUUCACCGGGAGCUCCGCCUCUCUUGACACGCAAAACAUAUCGGGUGGUGGCGAGGGCAGCCACGUGGUGUCUCCAUCCAUGUCUCCGAUCAGCAAGACUCACAGCCCCGCGCCCUCUACUGACGCAGAACGCUCACAAAACGAAUUAGCGAACAUCAUAUCAGAUCUGCCGAUAGCUGAUCGCCGCGCGGUGGGCUGCGAGAAGAAAACCCUGGAGACGCUCAACAAGCUGUCCCCGUUGUCUGACUACAGGAAGAUGAAGACUGAAGCUGGCAAGGCUAUGCGUGAGACGGUAGGCAGCGGUUACCGCGUGCCGACGCCGCGCUGGUCGGGCUACUACUUCAGCCACACCUCGCCCGGACCCAUCAACUUGAACGAUAAUAGCGAUUCUGCUGUUACUACUCCGGAAAAAGGCUGGAACCGUUCUGAGCUGGUGCGUCCCAACAUAGCUGAGGGCACCUCAUCCCCCGCGCAUGUGGCCUCCCCGCCCGCCACCUGCCGCUACCAGCAACUGCUUACCCUACUGCGGGAUGUGGGCUUGCACAAGUAUAUUGAUUUAUUCAAGAAGCACGAGCUAGACAUGUCUACAUUCACCUCUCUGAACGAGGCGGAUCUCAUCGAGAUCGGAGUCACCGCCUUCGGAGCUCGCAGGAAGAUGCUGCUCAUGAUAGCAGAUCUAAAAGCCAAUAAAGCCUACCAGAGCUCGUCAGCCACCGGUGAACGUAACAUAGUCGCUUCACCCGCCAAGUUCACCCUCACACCAGACAAAUGGUAAAUCACCAAUUACAUUCCAAGCUACGCAUAAUAACAAGAAAAUAAUAAAAAUAUCAAUUUAUAAGGCAUAUUUUAAAUCGCAUGUUUUAUUUUUACUUUUUUUAAUGGAUUGAAAAAAAUGUUUUUUAAAGGAAAUAAAAUAUUUUGGCUACGGCUGUCUGCUCAAAUGGAUUAAUUCGUCAUAAGAUAAGCAAAACUUAAUGAUUAUUUUAUUUUAUAUGCCUUAAAAAUUAUGCGUAGCUUUCAAGACUGAAUCAAUUCUAGAGACUGAUUUCAGAAGAGUACAAAAUGUAAUUAAGGUACUAAUGUGUGUUUUUAUAAUUAAGUAUUUCCGUCCCUCAUACCUCACUUGAAGGCUGGAUUGAGGAUCUCAAUGCAAUUUACUAAAAGUAGAUAAACAUACAUAUUUACGUAAGACUGAUAUGAUAUUAGAACUACCUUCGUUCUAGAGUUGAUUGAUAUGAGCUCGUUUCUUUAUCUCGUUGAUUAUUUUUUUGAGAUUUUUAUACGUAAGUUGUUUUUUUAUAAAGGUUUUUUUACGAUAGCUAAAAGCAAAGACGAUUAGAUCUCCAUAGACAAUUGUUGAAGUAAACGGGCCUACAGCCGCAGAUAGUUAAUAAGUUUUUAUAGAAUUUUUAAUCGUAGCUAUAAGAAGAGCAUGUUUUAUUUUUUAACCCAUCAUUUACGUAGAUUUAAGUACAAUAUAUUCAGACUAUUUUAUCAUAUUUGGCUUUUAACCUUUGAUUAUUUAGUAUUUAGGAAAAUGUUUUCGGAAUCAUGCCUGCGUUCCUUUUAAUUCCAUAUUUUGUGAAAUAUGAUUUUAAAGGACGCUGAAAAGAUCAAAAUUGGAAAAUAGCACUUCUGAUCUCUUUAUGUCUUUCUUUAUAAUUCUACAGACUGUGAAAGCUGGUAAAACUGGCCCUAUGAAGUGUCGUUUUUCAGUUUCGAUACAAAAAUCUAUUUUUAAUCGAUCAUUUUCCGCAAAAUCAGCAGAAACUACAUGGACAGCGUAUAUUGACUUGAUUUUAAAUACGACUAAUUUGAAAACUAUUCCGUGAAAACCUCAGUGACUACUUUAAUAUCUAUUUAGUAUCAACGUCAUUCAUUUUAAUCUGUUAACAUUUUAAUUUUCACCCAAUCAUUAUGUGUUUGUGAUUAUGAAUUAAGUUUUUUACUGCAUUUUUGAUUUUAACCAUAUUAACAUGCUAAUUGAAUGUGAAUGCUUUUUGUUUUUUUUUAGUAAUUAUAUUUUUAAGUAAAGAGGUAGCAUUAUGAUACAUAACUGUUGCGAACUAUGGACUACAAACGUUACAUUAAAAAUAUAUUUAUAAUUACUUCACCAACGAGUUAUGUAUCAUUUCGCUUACUUGACAAUACUUUAAGAUCACAAAUGUACUAAGUAUUAUUUUAAUCAUGAACUUGUGAUUUCAAUCGGUUUUAAACUAUGAUUAUGAUAUGUUAGUAGACUAUUCUCUUUAGAUUAUGGAAUAUUAAUUAAUUGAUAGGGCGUGAAUGUACUUUUUAAGGUUUUAGUUUAUUAAGUUUUUGGUGUCAGGUUGUUUUUUUUAUUUUUUACAUUUCCGAAGCAGAUAGGAAAUUUUUGUUACAUUAUUUUAAGUUUUGCUUGUCUGAUUAAAGUUUGA